AAGCUGUUCAUAUCACAAAAGCAUUGCAGUGCGGGACCUAUCGUUUCCACUUCAGAUACGAUUGCAUCAGUGAGCUGUCCCAAGCAUCAAGCCGGCCAUAGACGCUCAGAGCCGUCACCGUGGCGAACAAGGCAGGACUUCAUGGCGUUCGUCGGAAGGCGCAGAUCGAGGAAGGCCCAAGCAACAGGGUUACAACACAGACGAAGAGAACCGCCGCCAUGGGGGUCUUCCGUGGCGAACCGCCGCGGCCUCGAUGGCUGCCGAGACUGCUGAUGGCGUCACUGGUUCUGAACGGAGUCGUGCUGGGCCGUCCCAGCGGCCAGCCGGCCGUGUGCGGCCGGUCCUGCUGCUCCGUGCUGCCAUCGUGUGAAUAUGCCAAGAUAGUGACGUGCGACUGCCCGGACCUGGACAAAACGAUCAUUCGGAAAGGAGACGUUCCCGCUACUGCUCGCGAGGUGACUAUCCGCCGCCCGCGACACGUCAUCCUCGAGGAAGACACGAUCGGAGGCCUUCCGUUCCUGGAGAACUUCACCGUCAGCGAUGUGGGCCAGCUGGAGAUCAGGCGGGGCGUGGUUUUGUCAGAGAUCCCGACAUCACUUCGCUGGCUCAAAUUCUUCCGUAUUGAUUCAGUAAUAGUCGAGCCAAUGGCCUUCUUCGACCCUCGAGAAGUGGAACAGGUUUCGAUUACGUUUCAUCAAAUCGGGCUUCUUGUCAUAGAGACCAACGCAUUCGACAUGUUUCUUGAAGAUCUAGUCCUGAAAAACGUCGAAGACGCUUACAUGAGACCGGAAGGCUUUUUCAAGUCAGUUUCGAUGAUUGAGUUGAAUAAUGUGUCCAUUGAAGAGUGCCACCAAGGAUCAUUCGGUCAGAAUUCCAGACGCGUCAUGUGGACUGAUGUAACCAUGGAAGAAGCAAAACCGGGAUGUAUCACUUUCAGGGAUGGUGCCACUUUUGAUGUCCUGGGUCUGAGACUAAACACUGUGAAAACCAAAGCAUUCUCCGGCAAUCCUCGCAAAGUGGUGAUCCGAGACAGCCAGCUGGGUCAUUUGUACGAAAAUGCCUUCCACCUCCGGCUCACUAAAUUUACAUUCAGAAAUGUAGAAGUUGGUACGCUGCAUCCGUUCUCUCUUCACAUCAGUUCGAAGGGCCCAGUCUAUAUCGACCAUGUGCGAAUCGAUGAGAUGCAACGUGAUGCCCUUCGGGGCAUCCGUUUGGAGUCUCCUGCCCCAGCGAAACUGCUUCUGAUUGAUCUGGAGAUCCUUUCAGCAGAAAACUCAUCGUUUGCUCUCUCUAAAACGAUAAAAGAUCGCAGCCUGAACGCAUCCCGCAUCAAUGUGAAGUCAAGACCCAUUCCCGUGUGUCCUAACGAGAAGUACGCCCGCUUCUUGACUGGUGUCGGGGACACAGGACAGAUGACCCCAGCUCAAAGCAAAAUCUCAGAGGCACUCACAGGAAACAUCUUUUGCGAUUCAUUUGAGUGGGAAGGCAGCGAGGACUUCGAGAGACCGAUGGUUGAAACAGCUCAAGACACCUCAGUGGAACCAAAAGACGGACAUGGACCUGGAAAUCGUCCUAAGGGCAAUCAUGAAGUGGAAGAAGCUGACAUCUCUGCCGCUGACACUGAGGACGAAUAUGGACCUACAAAGCAUGUCGAGGAGGAGCAAAGGCCCGGACACGACGCCGAGAACGCGAGUGUAUCCAGCAAUGGCGUAGAUGACCUCAAUAGACUUCAAGAUCGUACUCGCGUACAAGAUCGUACAAGAUCGUCGUCGUCGCUGGUCGACGACCAGCGACCGACAGCUGAUAGCAAAGACGACCAGGGACCGAAAGCUGACACCAAAGACGACCAUAGACCGACAGCUGAUACUAAAAACGACCAUAGACCGACAGCUGAUACUAAAAACGACCAUGGACCGACGGCUGAUACCAAAGACGACCAUAGCCCCACAGCUGAUACCAAAGAACAUCAUUAUGUGACAGCUAAUACCGAAGACGACACUACGUCUGUAGAGGGUACCAAAAACGACGAUGUUUCUGUACGCGAUGCUGAUGAUGGCGAUGAUCAUGUCGGUAGGGAUGCCCAUGGACAUCAUGGUUUCAAAGUGGGUGUCGCCGUCGCCGCCGGCGUGCUAGCAGUGUUGAUUGUAGGCUUGUUUAUAUGGAAGUUGCUGAAAAACAGUUGCCCAGACUAUUCGCCAGUUGCUAAUAGUUGAAAGCUAUUGGUUCUAGAGUUCGUGAAUUUACUAUUAUCAUCAAACACUUAUUAGAUUCUUGACAAAUCAACGAUCAACAAUCCCUUUAAAAGCUAUAUAAAUGGCACGUUGACGUGACACAUCUUUGUAGUGGUUUUAGCAAAACAUCUCAUUGGAAGUAUCGCAUAUGUCGUUUUGAAACGAAUGGUAGCUCCAAAGUUCACGCGAUCACUUGACUAAUUCUUGAGUUACCACGAAAGCGACAGAGGAUGGGCGCUAAACUCUCUCAGCCAAUGGUCGGUUAAAGUCAAUAAUGUUAUGUGACCUAUAGCCUUCUGUUCAAAAAUGUGCUUCAACAACUUAAUGUUUAGAUUUAGGCCAAAUUUUGGUUGAUAUCUCCGAUACUGGGUUCACUAGAGUUUUCAAUACAAGCCGAGCCAUGAGAUCCCGGCGACGACGGCGGUCCCGAGAAGGUGGCGACAGCGGCGAGCGGAUCAAUCAGGCGCCGAGGACCGCACCGCCGCCAGCCGCGCGCGAGAUCGCCCGGCGACGGUGCUGCUGCUGGGUGCUUGCUAAUAUGUUAAUGCAUCAUGUGUGUGUGAUUGCUUAUUUGGCUAUCGUGAAUGAUUGCCCGUCGAAGUACCACCGAACUACGUCAUGUCCUUUCAUAGUUUAGGUCGUGUUUCAUAGACGCUAUCGAAUGUAUGUGGCGCUUUUAGCGAUAAUGUACUCGAUGUGUACUUCCUGCGUUAGGCUAUUUUUGAAUCGUGAAAUCAUUGGGUAUUUUCGUUCAAUUGUGUUUCAUAAAUUGAAGUUAUGCUUUAUCUUGUCUAACACCAGUAAACAUGCUUCAGUAUCGGUGGUAUCUGUAGGACAAAAAAAGUGAUUGAAUGAUUGAGCUGAUGUGCAUUCACGCCAGGGCCUCGGCUAACAUGUUAACUACUGGGGCAAUGCCCCAGUAGAGUCGAGGAAUGCCCCAGUAGUGGUCAGGCUUUGCCCAACUUCCACAAAAUGACAAUAUAUCAAUAUUAACG